UGGCCCUGCAAUGUCAAGGGAGGGGGCUCACGCAGGGCUCCUGUAGCUUGGGGGCAGGCCCGAGCCCUGCGCUGCCCGAGCCCGUCCAGCCCCUGGCGGGGCUUCCCACCCCAAGGGGCUCUGCGCUGGCCCCCACCGAGGCAGGGGACCCGACCGGCUCGGAGCUCGGCUGGAUGUUACAGGCGUGCAAAAUGGAAGGGUUUCCCCUCGUCCCCCCUCAGCCGUCGGAAGACCUGGUUCCCUAUGACACAGAUCUGUACCAACGCCAGACGCACGAAUAUUACCCCUAUCUCAGCAGUGAUGGAGAGAGCCACAGUGAUCAUUACUGGGACUUCCACCCGCACCACGUGCACAGCGAGUUCGAGAGCUUCGCCGAGAACCACUUCACGGAGCUGCAGAGCGUGCAGCCCCCACAGCUGCAGCAGCUCUACCGCCACAUGGAGCUGGAGCAGAUGCACGUGCUGGACACCCCCAUGGCGCCCACCCACGCCGGCCUCGGCCACCAGGUCCCCUACCUACCCCGCGUGUGCCUCCCAUACCCCUCCUUGUCGCCCGCCCAGCCUAGCACGGAUGAGGAGGAGGGCGAGCGGCAGAGCCCCCCGCUGGAGGUGUCUGACGGGGAGGCCGAAUGCCUGGAGCCGGGGCCGGGCCUCCUGCACGGGGAAACAGGCAGCAAGAAGAAGAUCCGCCUGUACCAGUUCUUGCUGGACCUGCUCCGCAGCGGCGACAUGAAGGACAGCAUCUGGUGGGUGGACAAGGACAAGGGCACCUUCCAGUUCUCGUCCAAGCACAAGGAGGCGCUGGCACACCGCUGGGGCAUCCAGAAGGGCAACCGGAAGAAGAUGACCUACCAGAAGAUGGCCCGUGCGCUGCGCAACUACGGCAAGACGGGCGAGGUCAAGAAGGUCAAGAAGAAGCUCACCUACCAGUUCAGCGGGGAGGUGCUGGGCCGCGGGGGCCUGGCCGAUCGACGCCAACUGCCCCACUGAGCGCCCUCAAGCGACCUGCUGGGCCGGCCAGGCCUCCUUGCUGGCCAUAGCAUUAACCCCCACCCGGCCCGGACACAGGGAGGGAAGCUCCCAGGGGCCAGGGCAGGACUGCGGCGGGCCAGGCCUCGCCUCACACCCCCCCACCCAGACCCUACCCUACAUCCCUGCUUCACUGCUCACCAGGACUCUAGCUUCAGCCCAAAGGCACCUGGGUGUUCGAUGCCUAGAAAGGGUCAGCACCGCUUAGUCCAACCAGGUGCUUGCUUGGGAGUUCGAAGCCACCUUCUGUAAAUUGAACCUUCCCCGAACCUUCCCCUGAUGCGUCCCUCCCUUCCCACACCUCUCCCCCUUAGCUUCCCCAUUAAAAUUAUUCUCAUGGGUGCUCUUGCGGCACAGAGAGUCUCUUUUAAAAUAGUUUGUGCACCUUGUCCGUCCCCCGCCUCCACCCCGUGUGGUCUUGCCUUUCCCCAUUUGUCUACCAGGCAUUUACUGAGGACCCUCCCAGUGCUCAGAUGCCAGGGACGUGAGGUCACAGGGACCGACCAGGAUGGAGAGCUGGUGGAAAGAAUGAGUCCUCUGUUGUUAUGGGAGAAAUAAAUCAUUAAAAAGCCCUCCAGACCUGAUAAAUCAGUUAAAGAAAACAAAACAAAACAAAACACAACAAACUUCAAUGAGGCUUAAAGUGAUCAUCCGUAGGUUACGACCCCAAUGCUGGCG